UUUGCGUCACACUUGUGUUGGCACCCUUUUCUCGCCCUCAGUCCAUCCCUUAUGACUGUUUCGUUCUGUCAAAUGUGUCUAAAAGUGGUCUGAAUUUCUCAAAAAUAAACACUUUUGUGAUGAGUAGUGUAAAGUUUUGCUAGUCCCCGGUGAAGGCACGCUCGACAACCUCAAAAACCGCCUCUUGACCUCAAAAAACCCGCGAAAUCUGUCACUGUUCACCCAAAAAAUGCCUCUGUUUGGAAAAUCGCAAAAGAGCCCCACCGAUAUCGUGAAAGCCUUGAAGGAGGCGGUGAAUGCGCUGGAAAAAGGCGAGAAGAAGGCGGAAAAGGCGCAAGAGGAAGUCAGCAAGAACCUGGUGCUGAUCAAGAACAUGUUGUAUGGGACGUCCGAUGCGGAGCCCCAGACGGACAUAAUAGUGGCCCAGCUGGCUCAGGAGCUGUACAACAGCAACUUGCUGCUGCUCCUGAUCCAGAAUCUGAAUCGGAUUGAUUUUGAGGGGAAAAAGGACGUGGCCCAGGUGUUCAAUAACAUUCUGCGAAGGCAGAUUGGCACGCGGUCUCCGACCGUGGAAUACAUCUGUACCAAGCCUGAGAUUUUGUUCACGCUGAUGUCAGGGUACGAGUUGCAGGAAAUCGCCCUGAAUUGCGGGACGAUGUUGCGCGAGUGCGCCCGCUAUGAGGCCUUGGCCAAAAUCAUGCUUUAUUCCGACGAUUUCUACAAUUUUUUUAGAUACGUCGAAGUGUCGACUUUUGAUAUCGCCUCAGAUGCGUUUUCUACGUUUAAGGAAUUGUUGACGCGUCACAAAAUCUUGUGUGCGGACUUUUUGGAAGUUAAUUAUGACAAAGUUUUCAGCCAUUAUCAACGACUCUUAAAUUCCGAAAAUUACGUCACUAGACGUCAAAGUUUGAAAUUGCUCGGCGAAUUACUUCUGGAUAGACAUAAUUUCACUGUGAUGACGAGGUAUAUAUCCAAUCCAGACAAUCUUAAACUUAUGAUGAAUAUGCUUAAGGAACGAUCUAGGAACAUCCAAUUUGAAGCCUUCCAUGUAUUUAAGGUGUUUGUGGCAAAUCCCAACAAACCCAAGCCAAUUUUGGACAUUUUGCUCCGCAAUCAAGACAAAUUAGUAGACUUCUUGAUGAAAUUCCACACGGACCGGGCGGAAGACGAACAGUUUAACGACGAAAAAGCGUACCUCAUUAGGCAAAUUAAAGAACUAAGGCCGAUGGCCGGGCAUUAACAAUUUUCCUAUUAACAUUUUUAUUAAUUAUUAUUGUUAAAUAUAUAUUUUUAAUUUCAGCCGUUACCAAGAUUUAAGCCCCAAGGACUCCCGUAUCAUUUAAUUUCAUUGACGUCCAUUUUAUUUGAUUCUUUUACCUGAGCUGAGUUUCGCGCUCAAGCGAUAAUAAAUCGAGUGAUUUCGUUUGUAGUUGAGUUUAGGGUCGGUAAAAGUAUAACUAAGUGUAUUUAUAAUAAUAUAUUUAUACGGAGGAGAUGUUAAGUGUUUAGUUUGGUAGGGAGCAGAACACGAACUGACUUUGCCUAAAUCAAACCUGAUGUUCUGCCGGUUGUCGUUUGUUUCGUUCCCCUUGCCCCCUUUUGUUGGCUUGUAGCAAUAAUUUCCGACUUAAGUGUACUUUGUUUUUAUAAAAAUAAGUCUAGUGGUUAGUUAGUUUAGUAAUGAAUUCUGUAAAUCUAUUAAUUCAAUUAUAAAAACAUAGUGGGGUGCCUAUAAAUGCUUAUGGGUAGUUUUAAACCAAUUAAUCUUAUUAGAAAUUAAAUGACCAUCCAUUGGGGAGUGGGCCGAUUUUCGCCGGUUUUCGCGUGGGAAAACCGGGGAAGUGGCCAACGGCACUUGUGUAAAUUAAUGGAGGGCUGUAAUUACUAAUAGGAUCUAUUCUUAGCAUACUUAAACUUAAAAAAUGAAAAUGAUAGGAUACCUAAUACAAUUCUAAAUCUUAUUGAAAUUGAAUAGUUUUAUAAAAGAAUUUCUAUUCGAGGAUAAAAUUACUAAGGUGGAUUGUUGUUUCGUUCCAGGAGGUGCGUUAGCGUUACAUUUAGGCACUUGUUCAAAUGUUCAAACACGAGUUGCGAAAGCGAAAUUCUCUUUUUUCUACACGUUUUAGUUAUGUAUGUUAUUGUAUUUAUUUUAAAUUAUAUGAUUUACACAGAAAUUGGAAAUACAUUCUUUUAGAUGAU